AACAGUCCAAAACAAGGACAAAUCAGGAUUCACAGAUAGUGUGAUAACAUUUACAGAAAAAUGGAUUUUAUUUAACUUGAUCUUCGGUAACGCUUUAGAUACUUGAAAGCAGAUAUUGCUAUUUGAUAAUUGUUGAAGAGAUCUUUGUUUUUCGGAAAACAAAAAAGAGAAACUGAAUUUCAGAUAUGCUUGUAAAACUAUUUAAUAAAGAUAUCAUACUUAAUGUGUAAGAAAUCACCGCAUAAAUAUUUUCCAAAAUAGUCAUAUUGCUGGUUUCUCCACGCGGAGAUUGCUUGAGAGAAUUAUGAAGAAAGAAUCUGCUAGUUUGUGUUUGUUUCUACUGUUGAUCAAUGGAAUGUCGUUAACACCUGUUCACGGUUUUCUAUAUUCAGACGCUGAAUCUCUUCUUCAGGAUGUCUUUCAAAACUAUUCAACCGAUAUCCGACCAAAAGAGAACCUAUCAGAAGUUCUCGAAGUCUUUAUUCAGUCGAUAAUAUUUUCAGUGAACGAUUUUGAUGAGGUUUCUGGGGUUUUGUCCAUUGGAAGUGGAUUUAUCCUGUUUUGGCAUGAUUUUCGGUUGACUUGGACACCGAGCAAUUAUGGUGAAAUCAAGGAUCUCCCUGUUCCAAAACAGAAACUAUGGGUUCCGAAUAUCUUUUUGAUUGACCCAGCCAAAAAGAUGGAAUCUAUUGGGAAUGAAGACUUCAUAGGUAGAAUUUCGUAUUCUGGUCUAGUGACAUGGGUACCAGGAGAUCUGAUUCAGACUGUGUGCAACGUCGACAUGCAUAAAUUUCCAUUUGACACACAGUCGUGCUCUUUCAAGUUAGUUCUGUGGGGAUAUUCGCCAUUAGAAGCUAGAUUAAUUCCUUAUAACAAUAUGACAUAUGUGGAUACGACUUAUUACUCGUCAAAUGCUCAAUGGUCGUUGGAAGGAACAGUAAUGAAGCGGUCUUCACUAGGAGAUUUCGAUAACUUAAUUGAAUGUCAAUUCAUUUUGAAAAGGAAAUCUCUUUUUUUUGUUAUAAACAUGUUAGUCCCUAUUCUUUUAUUGUCUUUACUCAACCCUCUUGUGUUUGCCCUACCAGUUGAAAGUGGAGAACGUGUAUCUUAUGCAAUAACAAUCUUCUUGUCUUUUGCCGUAUUUAUGACACUGCUAAGUGAUAAUAUUCCCAAAUCUUCUGAGUCAGUGUCUUUGAUGUCGUACUUCUUAAUCGUUACGAUGUCUAUGAGCACAUUGAUAUGCAUUUUGGCUGUUGUUACAAUGCGUCUCCAUUUCAAAGAUUCCAUAUUACCAAUUUCAAGUAAACAUAUUUUUAUGCUAAAUGUUCUGAGACUCCGAUGUCUGUGGCGCGUCUGUAGAAAACGCAAGAAGAAGUCUAAAGUCGUCGACAAAUCCGCCAAUUUGGAUGAAGGUUUCGAAAAAAGUAAUAUGUCUGGUGACAAAAAUAUGCAAGAUAUUGAAGAAGAAGAGAAAGUAACUUGGAAAAUUUUAGCAGUGGGAUAUGACAGAGUAAUGGCGUACUACUUUUACAUCUUUGUUUUCAUUCAGUGGAUAAAAGUUAUGAUUAUCCUCAGUCUUUAUAUUCACAAGACUCGUUCUUCUUAUAAGGUUUUAAACAAUUAA